AUGAGCAAACUGCAUGCAAUACCCGAUUCUCUACCCCAGUUGAUAUAUCAUUGCAAUUUUGAACAUGAGUUUUCGUUUUUACACAUAACAGGAUCUCAACCGCAGCGAGCACCAGCUGGAUAUCGUUCAUCGUCUGUCGAUGUGCCAAGAGGCUCAGCUAGUCGAUCAUUGGUACCGGCAACGAAUUCACGAAACAAUGCUUUGGAGCGUGUUGCACAGAAUCCGAUUCGUUUUCAUGAAGAGAAUGGAAUGAUGGUACCAGAUGGUUAUACGUCGCGUGUGAUUCGUCCUGCUGCUAGAGCAGAUGUUGUAACAAUGGCUCGAGCGAUGAACCGUGAUUUUGGUUCCAAAGCACAAGCCAUGUUUCAAAGCGAAGUAGAUGCAGCUCGUGAGGCGAUCGAACAAGAUCUCUAUAUCAGUUAUCGACAACCGGGUAAAGAUUAUGACUGCUAUCGUGUUGGAUCGAUUGGCAAAUGUUUUUGUGGGCAUACCCUUGGCGAACAUGCAAGAUUCACUGGUAAAGUCAGACGUUUGAAAUGUCAAUCAGGCGGCUGUGCUUGCGAUGCAUUUGCUUAUAUUCCAUCUCGACCGGAUGAAGCUGGUGAGUUUUGGCUAUUAAAACGACCUGGUUUUGAUCCGUCGACUUGGCGUGCGAAGUGUCGAUGUGGACAUGCACACGAUCGUCAUGAGCCCAAAUACAAACGAUGUAAAGAAUGUAGUUGCAGCAAUUUCAAUUCGAAUUUUCUCUGUGCUGCAUGUAAUAAUCAUUGGGAACAGCAUGAGACUUUUAUUGAGCGUGGUAGCGAACGUGAACAGCAGAAACUACCAACAGGCGAAUUCUAUAUGCCAUUUGCGGAAUUACCUGAUAUGCAACAAGUCAUUUUGACGGGUUCAGAUGCGCACAUGCCAAGUCCAUAUUUGGAUGCCGCACCAAGGCAAGCUGUGCAACAUAGUGGCGGACGUGCCGCAGCCUUGCAAGGACCCAAUCGACCAGCUAUCGGCUAUGGUCAGCAUUCAAAUGCAUCAACUCGUGGUGAUAAUGGCGCCAGUCAACGAGGCCCUGCGCGAGGACGUGGACCUUUGCGUGGUAAUCAUCAAGCAACUGAAGAAUAA